AUGUCUGGUUCUGAUUAUAUGGCUGAUCAAUCUCAGCCUCCAGCACCACACCAGAGCUAUGUUACUCAAGCUCAGCUUGAAAAAAUAGCUCAGAAGAUCUCUCAAUCCCUCCAACAGCAACUCUCUACCUUCACCAGCAAGCUCCUCGGCCGGUUUUCACAAUCGCAGCAAGCUACUUCUGUCAUCCCCCCGCCUUAUGAAGACAAGCGAUCGGGGUGUCACCCUCCUUCUGGAGCACAGCAAAUAGUCCUACCUCGGACUCCUCAUGCUGCUGCCAAGCAGUGGAGGGAUCGCGUCGAGCACGCGACUCCACGACUCCACCGCCACAUCGGUCGACUCGCCCCAAGGAACCACUUGAAGAUUGAAGAUCAUGGAUUGGAGAUCAAGGAUUUGAAGAUUUUUCUUUGA